CAUCGUCGGUCUGACAUUGUUCGUCGAGAGUGUGUCGAAUCCACAAUAUAUCGGUGCUCAACUCCGGCACACUACGCAUUUAUACAGUACACCAGAGCGAGCCUCCCUGCGCGACCUGAUAUUCCGCUGACAUGGCCGCGACAUCGGCAUAGAGCGUCCUGUCGUGAUCUGGACGGACAGGAAUGUCAACUAACAUAUUUUGCCAUUUAUUAAUAUAAUCCCGAGGACGCAAUGGCGGACCGCACGCCGACCGCGUCGGACUGGCGUCACUUCCAGGAACGGCCUGCAUCGCGACAGUCGUUCAGCGGCCAUAGCAUGACCGCCAGUGAGGCAUCCUUCCAAACCGCCUGGACGGAGCGGCCAGGUUCCUCUCACUCGACUCGCAGUUUGGCUCGCGACAUUGACCACAUCAAGACCUUGAUCACCCGCGCGCAGCAGUCGCAUCAACGUCAUAGUGGCUCCAGCUCACCGCCGAGUCCCGUGUCUGCAGUGUUUCCUGGCGGUGCUGGCACCUCCUUGCCUGCUCCGGGUGUGCCACAAAAGAAUAUCAUCACAGCUCAGGUGUUUCGACGCAACCGCGCUGUGUCGUCGCCCGUCGUCGACUAUGCACAUAUCUUCCACGAGCUCGAUCAGCUGCGAAAACGGAUCCGAAACGAUCAGCAACAAUUACAGUUGCAACAGGCCGAGUUUCGACAGGAGCAAAAUCGUUUCCAGGAGAAGCGGUCGCGUGUGACGCGUGCUGUGGACCCGGACACUUCUGAGACAGAAUUGGACACUGAAACCGAGGGGAGCGACUCCGACGAGCAGGCGGAGGAGCUCGUCAAGACGCGCGAGGAGUUGGCAAGUUCGAGACAGCAUGCUGAAGACCUCCUCGAGGCCGCCGAGCGUCGAUACGAUGCGUUGCUGGGAGAGAAAGAAAAGCUGGAAGGCUCAAUCCAUACUUUCCAACAGGAAGCGGAAGAGGCUACAUCCACCCGGGAUGAUGCACUCGCUCGAAUCGCAUUUUGGGAGACAUACAAAGCGGAUCUGGUCGAGGAAAGGGAGAAGGCUAGAGCACCGCUUCAGAAAGAGCUGGAUUUGGUCAAGUCAGAGUCUGCCAAGCUCCAGGCCGAGUUGUCUGCCUACCAGGCACAGAUCGCGGCGUAUAAAGACGAGCUGUCAUCAUUGCGACAAUCGAAGGAUUCGCUGGCCCAAGAAUUAGUUGCAAAGGAGUUGGAACUGCAAAAGGAAAAGCAAGCCACAACCACUAACUUGGCCGAACUCGAAAAGAAACAUGGCGGGAUCUUGCGCGAAGCCACGACCUCGUUCGAAGGCCAGCUUGCCAAACAACAGGUACAAUCCGAGGAGAAUGCUCGUCAAUUGGAGGAGAAGCACGGGAAGGUCCUCGCCGAACUCCACGACACUCAUUGGAAAGCCAUCCAGGCAACCUUGGGCCAGCAACAGGGGCAAACACGCGACCGAAAUGCAUUGCAUUCCAAAGAACUCGAGCGCUUGGUGGGCGAGCACACGCAAGAGCGUGAACGUUUAUCUACCAACCACCAAAACGAGAUUCGCCGGGUCCGGGACGAAGCCGAAACCAAACUUCAGACAGCCCUCUCAGCAGCCACUGAAAGCGCCGCCCGGGAACUCACCCACGCCUUACGCGAACAACACGUACGCGACUUGCAGGAUGCCGACGCCUCAAUCGCUCGUGCGGCUGCGGAGGCGGAGGCUACUGCAGCUGCACGACAUGCUUCCCUGCAGUCCGAACACCAGGAGGCGCUCGCUUCGUUGACAGCGCAAAUCCAGCAGAAGGACUCGGUGCUAGCGGAUAAGGAUCGGCGUUUUGCGGAUCGUCAGAAGGAAUUUCUUGACGAAUUAGACACGCAGCGUUCCAGUCACCAAACAGCCCUGGCGAAGGCAAAGGCGGAGUUGGAGAACAAGAUCGAGGAAUUGAAGACCGAUCGCGACAGCGCUCUUGCGAAGGCGAAAGAGGAACAAGAACGCAGCAUCGCCGACCUUACGACUACUCAUGAGCAAGUGAAGGCCGAGCAGGACCGCAGCAUCAUCGAGUUGAAAUCGGUUCACGACGCAUCACUCGCCAGCCUCAAAGACGCACACGAGCGAAGCGUAGUUGAGCUCAAGUCCACUCACGAGUCAGAUUUCGCCACCCACAAGAGCGCACACGAGCAGUCUCUCAACGAGCUGCGUGCGCAACUUGACGAGCAGUCUCGUCUUGCAAACGAGCGUCAUCGCACCCUGGAAGAUUCUCACAAAGACGCUUUGUCGCAAGCCGAAGCUCGCCACGAGGAGAACCUCGCAUCUCUACGCGCUCAACAUCAGACUCAACUCGAGACCGAGUCAAAAUACGCCCUCGAGAAACUUUCAAUUUUGGCCGCCACGCAUGACAGCAACGCCGUAGAAACUCAAGCCAAACACGAAGCGACCUUUGCGGAUCAACAAGCCAAAUACGAGUUCAAAAUCACUGCGCUGGAAUCCGAUCUUCAAGAGGCCAAGCAAGUCGCUGAAACGCUUAAAGCCUCAACUGUCGACACGACCGAAUUGGAGGAGGAGCACCAGCGACAACUCGAGGAGGUCGAGCAACAUUGGAUGAGCGAAAUUGAUGAUCUUCGCAACCAACACCUCCAGGAGCUACAGGUCUUCGCCAAGCAAACCGACGAAGACGAAAUAGCCCACAAAGCCAUGGUCGCCGAACUCGAAGCCCUGCGGGCGGAGCUGGAGGACGCGGAGGCGCGUGGUCGGGAGCAGCAGAUUCAAAUUGAGAAACAUACCGAUACUGAGAGAUCAGACUCGACAGUCUCGAUUCAUGCACAAGAGAUCGAAUCGUUGAAGCAGCAGCUUCGUGAGCAUCAGGAGAAGCAUGAAGCCGCAUUGAAGAAGGCAGAGGAGGACAAACAACAGGAGUUGAAGAAGAUGGAAGCGAUGAUCGCUCAGAGCCUCGCCGAGGAACUACUCUCCGUCAGUAAAGUGCACCAGAAACAGACCAAGAAAAUGCUAGAGACCCACGAGAGCGAUCUCGCCGACCGCGAAAACGCCUGGAACCUCAAAUUGGACAAUGCCAAGAACGAGCAUGAGCAACAGCUUGCGAACUCUCGCCAGCUCACGGACUCUACUGUAUCAAAUCAGAUUGCGGAGCUGAAGCGUCUCCAUGAGGAAGAGCUUGCUGCAGCAGAAAAGAAUACCCGAGAGCAACUUGCGGCGGCCGCGCAGGAGCACAAGUCGCAGCUCGAUGCAGCUUUGGCGCGGACAAGGCAAAUGAGUGAGGCGGAUGCGAAGAAGCUCAAGCGACGACACCAAGAUGCCGUGGCGGAAGUCCGUUUGAUCAUGCAGAACCAAUCGAAGAUGGCCCUGGCUGAACUCGAGGAGAAGCACAAAAAGGCCCUCGAAGCCGCAAACAAAGGGCUCGAGCAGCGAGUCAAGCAGUCACGCGCAGUCUCCAGCGAGACGCACCAAGCCGAGAUCAUGCGACUCGAGAGCGAGACCCAAGUCAAGUUGGGUGAGCUUGAGAGGAGAUUGCAAGCUCAAAAGUCGCGCGAGCUCGACGAGAAACAGCUCGUGUAUAGUGCUGAAUUGACUGCUCUACAAGCGAGAUUGGACGCAACGCUGACUGGUCAAGCAGAAGCCGAACGAGCUCUCGCUGUAGUCCGGAAGCAAGGUGCUGAGGGUGAGAAGCGAAUUUUAGAAGUCAAGAGCUCGAUGGAGGAGCAAUUGAAGACUUUGAGGGAGGAAAAAAGCGAGCUGGCUUCCCAGCUGCGUCACUCCAGAGCUUCCUUGAAGGAUUUCGAAUCUAAGUUGGUUGAUGAUGAUGUUGAAAUCCCUGAAAUCAACGUCAAAACACCAAUCAAAGCAUCACCGUCGCCGGCCACACCGUCUCGCCGGACUUCGAUGCAUGCUGCUGAAUUUAACAUUGCUCGUCUCGAGCAGGAACUCGCCGCAGCGCAAAUCCUCGCCCAGCGUCGCCUCGAAGAGAAAUCUGAAAUGGUGCGCCAAAAUGAUUUCCUCAUCAAGGAGCUGGAGGUCCUUUUGGCUCAGCGAUCUCACGGCAAAGCCACCACAUCUGCCGGACGCAGUGAUGCCCUCGUCCAGACCGAGCCCCUUAUUUCCGAGCCCAAGGUCGACCAAUUCGCGAUGCGUCAGAUCAAAGCGGAAAUGCAAAGCUCUCAACGACCACCGACACCCUUGACUCCGGAGAAGAAACAGGCCCGAGAAGAGAUCGAUCGUGCCUGGCACGGGCGCUCUUUCGAGGGUUAUCUCCGCCAAGCCCAGAUUGAACUCUCGGAGCUGGACGACGUGAUCAAUGCGAACGAGGUGCUAUUCGCGCAGAAACUCCAGGAGCAUGCCGGUGAUUUGCAAACCGCCAGAGAUCGUCUGGCACUCGAAUUCCAGGAGAAGUUCGAUAAGCUCACGUCGGAGAAGAUUCGCAUGGAGAAGAUGGUGACGGUCAAGCAGCAGGCGGCUUUCGCGGAAGAACGUCAACGGCUGAUUGAUAUCCACAGCCUGGAUUUCGGCGACAACAGCGUCUUGCCGCAGUCGUCUUCUGCGGCUUUACAAACUGCCGAACAGCGCGCCGUGGCGGAUUUUGCUAAACGUCUUGAGCACAGAAAGUUGGAGAUUGCUUUGAAACACGCCGAGCAGUUCCAGGCUUUGACUCGGGAGUAUGAUCAACGUGUGGCAGCUCUGCUCCAGGGCAAGGAGGCAGCACCAUCAGACUUGGUGGAGGAUGCUAUGAAGUUCGAGUUCGGUUUGACUGCUCUCGAUACAAAACCGCAGAGGGCUGGCGGAAACAAGCGCAACAGCAUGAGCAGCGUCAUCAGCUCGCAGCGGUCGUACAUCUUCCACGACAACCAGUCCGUGUCUUCACAACAGCAGCCUGAACGCUCCGGACGAUCCAGCGAACGUCGCACCGACAGUGCCACAUGGACCAGUGCACCGCGCACUACUCGUUCCCUCCCUCGCCAUUCGAGCUCAUCGAAUCCCGCACGUCGGUCGAUGGUUGCUCCGCCUUUGCCCUCGCCUGCGACCACUCCUCGCCCCAAAACUGGAAAUGGCGCCGGUAAUCCCAACGGAACCCUGCCUUUCCGUCAGACAUACGCAGACGGGUCUGCUCACUACGCACCUAUCACAACUCACUCUCUGAUCCGCGGCAAGACAGCCGCCGACGUGCUCCCCGCUUUCCCGCCCAAGACUCCCACGGAGUCGAUCGGCCCAAUGCCAACGACACCUCGGACACCGACCGGUGCUUCCGCUCCGCUGAUCAUGAAAGCAUCAGGAGCAGGCCCAGUAAUCCCCAUGCGCCGCUCGAUCCCUCCGAGCGUGACGACCCCUGUGGUUCCUGACCUCCCCCAGCAAGCUCAACGCCUCUCCCAACAACAGCAACCGCAAGCAACACCAGAUUUCGCCCAACAGCAAGCGUCGACCAUCGCGCGCGCCCGCGAGAGCAUGUCGCUAGAACGCUACUCCACCCGCACAACUCUGAACAACCACACGGCUCAGAGUCCGCCUCCACCACCUCCCUACGCCGUCAACGCGCAACAACAACCCAACAGUAAAACCCCGACCGCCCUCCCACCGCUCACGACAACCACCCCCUCCAAACCCACCACGAACGCCACCCGCAGCCCCUCCGCCAGCAUCUCCACCACGACGCCCGGCUCCACGCGUCGAACAAGCGGCCUCUUCCACCUCAAACGCAGCGUCAAGCAAGCCCUGACAUCCUCCUCCCCCACCAAGGACUCCCCCUCCUCCGCCUCGCAACCGCAAUCGCAACAGCGGGCCGACGAAACGCCCUCCCCCAGCACCUCCAUGCUCAGCGGCAAAGCCAGCAGUCUUCGCCACAGCAUCCACAGCACCAGUCACCGCGCUUCUGUCUCGGGGAGGAGUCCGAGCGUGGACCGCAAGAGACUUUCUAGUGGCAUGAUUUAUUGGAGGCCGCCGAAGACGGCUUCGCGGGAGAUCUUUGAUGCGGGCCUCGUGUAGUCUCUCUCUCUUUUUCCUUCGCUUACUUCUACUUUCUUUUCUUACACGCGGUUUUCUGGAUUUACUCUCCUCUUGAGAAAAGAGAGAGGGGUUUUAUCUACGUCCGUCGACGGCAUCCAUUUCUAUUGCUUUUCUUUCUCACAUAUUCGCGGAUCAUGAUCUGGGGAGCGUCAUAUCACUCAUCAUCUGUCUCUGGGAACGCUGCGAUCUAGCAGAGAAUUCCCUCUUUCAUUUUUGAUCUUGUUUCUCUCGCAUUGGAGCGGGUUUUGGCUUUUGGUGGGUGGGGAGGAGAAAUCAUGCUGGUUAUGACUCUUAACUUCACACCUUUCUUUCUAUCUGCCUUGCAUUCGAGAGUCAUUAUCUAGGGACAUUUUCUUGAUUAUUUAUCUAUUACUGCUACUGGAUAAUGCGCAUCAUAAAAUAUUCACCUGCAUUCUCAUAUCGGAUCGGGUCGGUUCGGUGACUCUGGACUGUCAUUGUCUCGGU